AUGUCUCUUCCUUACGAUUCACGCCAAAAUCGGUUUACUUCUUUUUCUAAUUUUCAAAAAUUUAUUGAUACAAAAACAGUUCUUUGUAAAUGUGGUACAAUUAUUUCACUUGGUAAUAUUUACCAAAUUUCUAAUUUUCAAAGACAUUCGCAAAGUAGUGAUUGUACAUAUAGUACAAAUAAUCAACCAAGUAUAAAAGUUUUCUUUUCAAAAAGUGAAUCAGAAAAUACCAAUAAUAAUGAAAUAAAGGAAACAAAUAGUCUUAAUGAUUCAGAAUAUAUUAAUUAUAUUAUAAGUAGUCCAGCUAGUUUUGGUGGCGGUAAAAGACCUGAAGUUAUAGCAAAAGAACUUUUUCCAGAAAAAUUUUCAGAAAAUGCUUCUUUUACUAGAAAAAAACUUAGUAAUAAAGAGCGAAGAGAAUUUGAAAGAGUAUUAGAAUCUGAAGCAACUUGGCACUUGGAUAAAGAAGUUUUAGCAGUAUAUUAUAUGCAAUGUAAAAGAAAAACAAGUAAUGAGGAUGCUGUAUGUAAUAGGUGUAAAGAAUUAAGAUCUAAUAAACGUUUAAAUGAAGCACUUAAAGCU